AUGUAUAAAGCUGCAUUUCUCGCUCUCGCCCUGCUGCUGGCGCUAGUGGGCAGCGCCUGGGCUAAAGACGGUCACCCCAUCUACAGAGUGAAGCUGUGCGGCAGAGAGUUCAUUCGGGCGGUCAUCUUCACCUGUGGAGGCUCUCGCUGGAGGAGAUCUCUGGAUGUGUCAGGUGACCUGUCCAAUGAUUUGCUCCCUGCUCAUGAUGAUGAGGUCUCUGACAGCUGGAGCACCAACCCCAUCACUGGACUCUCAUUCAGACCCCUUCCUGAGUCAGAGGCCCCCGGCUGGGCAGGAGAGGGUCAGGAGGGCCCCAUGUUCCGCCGCCCCGCCCGCUCACUCAUCUCAGAGGAAGUGCUGGAGGCCUUGCGCACAUCAGACAGGAAGGGGCGGGACGUGGUGGUCGGGCUGUCCAACGCCUGCUGUAAAUGGGGUUGCAGUAAAAGUGAUAUCAGCUCGUUAUGUUAA